CUGGGGCUGUGUACCCAGGAGUGAAGUCUUCAUUAGCGCACUGAAUGUGUUCCUCAUCCCUUAGGGCAGUGGGCAGACUGUUGCACAAUCAUCCAUUGAAGACAGUGUGGCUUGAUGCCAGCACGGCAUUCUGCCUAAGCAUUGCAGAUUGCAGGAUCAGAGUCUACGCUUAGAUGUCAAUACGCAAUUACAACUGUUUCUCUGUGUCACCUCACAUUUUAAUUAGUUUUCCUCUUUCUCUUGAUUAGAGCCACGCUAGUGCGGCAAGAAACAUUUCUGUGAAUAUUUGUUUGGAUAUCAAAAUGACAGUGUUUGUGCCCCUUGUGUGCAUACCUACAGGUUUGUUCAUCUGAACAGUGAAUUUUUAAACAAAUACUACAGGACGUUUGCAGCCAGCACAUCUCAAAUCCAUAACUGAAACCCAACCGAGCGCCGAGCACUUGUAAAGAGAACGGAGCUGAUCCUCCGCUGGUGUAAAUCAGCAUAUCUCCAUGGGCAUCAAGGGUACUACACUGAUCUACACCACAUGAGGUUUUGAAUGAAAUUAUGCUUUACAGACAGCUUCCAGUUUUUACUACGCAACAGGAACCAGAGUCCGAUCCCAGAGGUGACGUGGGACUCUGGGCUCAAGGAGAUGAAUGAGACCUGGAAGGGAGCUAUUGCCUGCCUUGGGGUGGCUGUCUUCUUCGUGAUGACCAUCGGAAUUAUCUACUGGCAAGUGGUGGAUCAGCCAAACAAGAACUGGAUCUUGAGAGGGAACACCAGUGGUCUCAUCUGGGAGCGAAGGUCCCUAUCCCUCGUCCUGCAGACCCUGAGCGAGGAGAAGACCCUGGUGGAAAUCAAUGUGGGCAACUUCCCAGACAUGGAGCAGCCCUUUGUGAAGAACUUGUGCUGGCUGAACAAGACGGAGUUCUGCUAUACCUGGGAUGCGACGGCGGAUCUGGAGAUCUCCCUCGAAGCCGGUCCCUCUGCUGGCACAGAGUGCUACAGGAUAAACUGGACUCCUCUGCACUGCAAGGUUACACUAAAGGAUUGUUUUUCAAUGACUAAUGUCUCCUGGUACGGAGGAGCAAGCAUCAGAGCCCAGCACUGGCCUUUGAACAAAGUGAAUACAAAGUCCCAGCCAUUUGUUAUCAGCAACCUCACCAAAAAUCCCACUGGCUAUGGAUCUGUCUUAGAAAAAUACUUUUUGGGAUCAACAGGGGUGACAGUGACAGUUGCACCAGAUGUCCCCAUCUCCCUCUCAGUGGAGAGCAACAGGCACUUCUGUCUGGAGAGCCCUUCCAGCAUAUCCAUGUUCCCCCUACAGUACAUGGUGUGCAUCAGUCAAAACAUCACCUCUGCCCACCAGGAAGUGGGGAGUCAGCUCUCAGAGCAGGAGAGGAGGCUGCCAAACACUGACAUAUUAGGGUUGCCAAUCUGGAGGCAUUACAAAGCAGCAGAUUCUGCUGCCAAAAUGGAGCGAGGAUUAAGGUCUUUCUUCAACAGAUUGAAAAGACAUCAUCUCGGGGAGGGGCUAAUUGCUCUCAAUGAACAUUCCACAAUGUUACUUUCCAAUGCGGACCAUAUGCACUUGCCCAUGGCUAGCAGGAAGAUGCAUGCUCUGAGACACACCAGGGACCCCUCAUUAAUUAAACCUCUGAAGUUUUCUAUAACUCUGUCCCCGUACACAAGCAUUAACUCCCAGCUGUUUCUGAUGUCUCUGCAAGAGGGCAAAGAAAAUUACUGGCUGAGCCUCCAAUCAAAAUUCGACAGCCACCCGACUCCUCUGCUUACCAAGUGGAAAGGGCAGUUUUCUGUCCGGCUGAAUGUGACCAAUGAUGCUGCAAGAAACUGGUACAUGGACAGGGUGAGCCUCUUGUGGCAGAGACUGGGAGCGCAGUAUGUGACUUUUGAAGGUGCUGAAGGAAACACAUUUGCGGAACAGACAGUCCAGCCACCCAAAGAACUGGAAGGGGAUAAAUACAUUGGCAUUUUUGCUCUUAUGGCAGCUACGCUGGGAAAUUCGACAAUAAUUAGUGCCGUCACAAGAUCUAACCAUCUGCCACUCUUCAUUCAAAUGACCCCGCUCCAGUCGGACUGGAGCUAUGCUGGUUUGAAGGGAAUUAUACCUUCUGUGCUUCACUACAGUCUUCUUGGCUACAACUUCUUCAUUCCGGAUGCUGUAGGAGGGACCCUGGCAAAUGAGUUCCUGACAGAAGAAGAGCUGUAUAUUCGUUGGCUGCAGAUUGUGACGUUCCUUCCUGUGAUGUCCUUCAGCACUCCGCCAUGGGUCUGCUGUGACGAAUGGGUACUGAAUCUCACUAGGCAAUACAUACAGAGGCAUCAAGAUUUUGUUGUCCCGCUCAUUGUAAAAUUCAGCAAGGAAUGGCUCUCCUGGGGGUACCCCAUCUUCCGGCCGCUGUGGUGGCUCAGCCCUAAUGACCCAGUCACCUUCACUAUAGAUGACGAAUUCCUCAUUGGAGACGAGGUACUGAUUGCCCCAAUUACAGAACAAGGGCGAGUUCAGAGAGACAUCUACCUGCCUGGGGAAGGCCUCACAUGGAUGGACACCAACACCGCCCAGGUGUUUGAUGGAGGAACCUUAAUCAGGAACUACUCAGUCAGUCUUGUGGAGGUGCCAGUUUUUGUAAAAGCCUCCUAGAUUCCAGGCAGUCCCAGCUCUCAAAAGAGUCACCUACUUCUCAGAAGAGCGAUGCUGACAAGACAGGCUCUCUUCCUUUUCAGCCAUUUGUGCUUUUCCAGGAACUCUUUUUUUAUACAGGUGUUUAAAUCUUUUACUGUGAUUUGCUACCGUUCUAAAAUAGUGAAAUACUGCAGGAGCUUUGGUACAAAAAAUACACACAUGUAGCACAUCUGCUGAGAUCAUCCAGGUUCAUCUGACCCUAUCCUGUGUGUUAACUACCAGGAACGUCUCUGAUUAACUAGUAGUGAAAGAGAGACACCCUCAAAGUCACAGGGUAAUGAGAAAGCAGAUGGAUUCAAUGUCUACUGGAAAUAUUCCCCUGUUUGGGGGGAAAAAUAAUUAAAGUAAAGAGGAAGCUCUAAGCAGAGCCAGGUAUGGACAGACAGCAGGACUGGCUGCCUUGAAAAGAAACAGUCUUGGUUGACCAGGUCUAACUGCCGGCCAGAGUCUUAGUGAAACAGGAUUGCAUCAUCACCUACCUUCUACAGACUGCAAUGUUUGGUUUGGGAAACCUGCAGCAUCCAGUUCUGGGUCUUGUGUCAAUGUCUUUAUUUUCGUCUAGGAAAAAGUUAGUGUCUUAUUAUUAGACAAAACUUACAAAAAAAGGAGAGGGCAGAGAAAACUGUUCUGUAAUGUGUGGCUGCAGGUCACAAAUGUGAGAUGUCUUCUCCAUUCCUUAUGGAUGAUUAUUUGCCUUGUGUAGUUUUAGAGACUAUCCUGUCUGCUGCCUUCUGCCCCUGCUUUCUCACUCCAGAGUGCCCCCCUCCCAUGGCUUGAGAACACCCCAAAACUGAAAUCAGCCUUUGCUUAUUUUUGGAACUAAGUAGCCUAUUUGAAGCACAGGGAUGUGUGUCUUAUGCAGCAGCUGGGACUCAGUACACUGAGGAUGUUCUAGAAUGGCAACACUUAAAACAUUCAAAAGGUUCUAGGAGGCUACAAAGAGAAGAUUAUUUUCUGUAAUGUUAGGAGCUCAGCAAACACAUGAGUUCUUAGUAGCUGAUAAGAUGCUGCAGAGGCUGGACAUACAUAGUGUUAGCAUAACUGGAGGGAAGGAACAGCUUCCGAGUGAAUUCAAAUGACCGUACCAAGGGGUGCAUAUAUAUAGGAGGGCGGCUCAGAUUUUCAAUGCUAAAAUUAAUGUAAAUGGUACAAUUUCUUUGUGUAUCCCAUGACAAGUACCCAACUUCACUCAUAGGAAACGUCUUACUGCUUUGUCAUACCCUUGGGAUAAACGGGCCAGAUGCUCAACGGGUAUCACGUUCUAUUGACCUUAGUGGAGUAAGGCCGAUUUACAUCAGCUGAUGACCUCUCUCAUGGUCUUCCUUUUAGAUCAGGAACCACUCAGGAUUUUCCUAAUUUUAUCAAGAGCAUCUAGGACUUUCUGGAGUGUGAGGGGGCCCAAGAGCAGUGUCAAAAUGCAGGGUGCCGCAAGGGGUCAAAGGCUGUGUAUGGGAGGGGGAGCCCUCUGUGCCACACAGGGAAGGGGCUCGCUCUGACCAUGCACAGGAGGUUGCUAUGGCACGGUGUACAAGUUUAGCAUGAAAAUAACUUGCAUACUGUAGGAGACAGAAGAGACUGGCAAAGAAGAGAUGCCUUUUGGUGCUGCCCUGACAGCACUGAGUGGCCUUUUAAAUGGAGCCCAAACAGAACAGAAUAGAUUUUAGCUGCUGCCCUGAGCUUGUAACUUGACAUGGUCCCCUCCAGGGGUUCAGUCUCAUCAGCAAUUUAUAUGAAACAAAUUGAUACUGCAGGCACCGUCCAAAUAUCCACAUCAGACCUUGGCUGUUUGUAAAAGAGGAAUUUGCUUCAGCCUCCCGCUCCAAACCAGGACCUUUCAAUAUUCCCCUCCGACAUUGUGCUUAUCAAGCACUGACUUCUUCUAAGUCUCCCCGUACUCUCGGUGUGAGAGCCUUUUCCUCUCCUCUGCAGCUCCUGCCAUCUGGAAGAACCUUGGGAUGUCUCACUGCGUGAUCAACCCUCUGUCUCUUUCAAACCCCAGCUCUAAAUUGUUAUUUUGUUUUCUGGCCUCUGCUUGGUUUCUCCCUCAUGCAGCUAUUGUAUAUUGUUUAACGCUGCAAUUGUAU